AUCUUCAAAAUGUGCUCAACAAAUGAAUCUUUUGUGAUGGCUGAGGAGCUCAGAAUUUUCCAUGUAGCCACAUCGAUGGCAUUAGGAUUUCUUGGCACUUUGGGGAAUUCUGUCUCCAUUUAUUUAAUUAUUAAGAACCAGCUGUACCGAAAUUGUACAAUGCUGAUGAUAAUUGACCUCUGCAUAGCUAAUUUGGUCAGCACUUUGUUCAUACUGCCCAUGAUAGCUGCCAGCAACUUAUAUAAACAAUGGGUGUUUGGCGACGGGGCCUGCCAAGGCUUUGCCUAUGUGAUGUAUGUGGUGAUUACAGCAGAAUGCAUUUUGCUUAUGCAUAUCACUGUCAGCCAGUACCUGGCUAUUAAACAUAAUGUGAAGUAUGAGCCUUGUCAGAUGACUGCUACCAUCUUCUUGCUGGUGUGCAUGCCAUGGGCCAUCUCCCUGGCCAUAUACACUGUGCCACUGCUGCAUGCCUGGGAUGAUUUUGGCUAUGAUCCCAAACGAGGCUACUGCACCAUGGUGAACAUCAAAGGUGAGCGCAGUUUUCAUUCUGUUCUAAGCAUUAUCUUUAUCUCCAUCAUCUCCCUUGUGACCAUCUACUGCUAUGCCUCAAUCUACUAUGUCCACUUCAAAUCACAGAAAAGAACACUGACCACAGUCAAGGAAGCUUCUACAAGGUUCAGAGGUCAAGCUCGCAACACUCAACUUAUUAAAAUGAUCACUGUCAUACUUAUUAACUACAGCGUAACCUAUAUCCCAUUCCUAAUCAUGAGCAUCAUUGAUCCUUGUGUUCAAAUGACACCAGUGUUUCUAUAUACAAUGGUCAUCUACAUCUCAUGGUCACAUACGGCCACUAACCCGGUCAUCUAUGCCCUGAUGAAUACAAAGAUCAAUGCAGUGUGGAGAAAGUUCCUGUCCUGUGAUACUUCCCGCAACAAGGUGGACAUCCAAAAUGUCCCAGUCACUGAAUACCAGCCUGACACUUUAGCACAACAAUCAUAUGACAUAAAUAGCAAGCCUAUACAAUGUGUCAUUGUUCAUGGCAUUCAAUCAAACUCAGAAUAUACAUUGUGAAAAAACAAAGGGGAGUAAUUGAACAGCUGAUAACUAGAAUGAGAACAACCAGAAAACACUGAGACAUAAAAUACUAAACAGUACACAAAAAGAUCAUGAAUCUAAGAUUGUGACAGACAUGAAGGAAUCUAGUUUAACAAUGUCUAAGUCAGUGUGUGACUACUUAAAUCAGUAUAUCUUUGGACGAAGGAUUGUUUGCACAUAUUUUCAAAUUGAAUUGACGUUAAAAUUUACAAAUAUUCUUUCACAAAGGACCAGGCACAAUGGACACUAGUGAGUAAAAAGCACUAAUUUCAUUUAUGCUGAUCAAAGCCAAAACAGGUCACUGUUACGUUUGGGGGAAGAAAACAAUAAAAUAAUAAUGAUGUUAAUAAAAAACAAAUUUGGAACAUCUAAUUAUAGUUAUCACUUGGCUGGUAGACUCACAAGCAAUGUUAGACAUUUUUUUCCCAAUGGUACAGCAUCUAACACCAAAUGACUGUAUAUUUCCACAACACAGAGACUGCUACAAUCCCAGGAAUAAACAAAUGUGCAAACUAAACUUUUGCUUUCUGCCUAUGAUUGUAAAUGUAACUAAUGUCAAGAUAUAUAUAUCGGUGUAGGACUCAAGGUUCAAAAAGUAACUCAAGUGAGUGUGUUAAUAACAUUAUAUUGAAAUUUUUGAAUUGUGCAUGUCAAGCUGAAAUAUAUUACUGUUAAAGUUAUUAAUUAUUUUACAUUUAUUUUCCAUUUGAGUUUUUCUUCUGUCACUUUGUUAUACAAUUUAAAAUGUCAAUGAUUAUUACACUGACUUUAAAAAAAAAACAUGA